CCGGCAGGCCCCGCCUCCUGAAGAAGAGGGGUCUGCGCUGCGCUUCCGGGAGCCCGGCGGCUACGGCCAGUACCGGCAAGUUCGGGCACGUCUCAGGGAGCCUCGGACGUGAGGCCGGAGGCCUCAGUCCCCGCGAGCCCAGAUGCCUGUCCAGCCUCCAAGUAAAGACACAGACGAGAUGGAAGCAGAGGGCGAUUCCGCCACUGAGAUGAAUGGGGAGGAAGAAGAGAGUGAGGAGGAGCGCAGCGGCAGCCAGACCGAGUCUGAGGAGGAGAGCUCAGAGAUGGAUGACGAGGACUACGAGCGGCGUCGCAGUGAGUGUGUCAAUGAGAUGCUGGACCUGGAGAAGCAGUUCUCAGAGCUGAAGGAGAAGUUGUUCCGAGAGCGGCUGAGUCAGCUACGGUUGCGGCUUGAGGAGGUGGGGGCUGAGAGAGCCCCUGAAUACACAGAACCUCUUGGGGGGUUGCAACGGAGCCUCAAGAUUCGCAUUCAGGUGGCAGGGAUCUACAAGGGCUUCUGCCUGGAUGUGAUCAGGAAUAAGUAUGAGUGUGAGCUUCAGGGAGCCAGACAGCACCUGGAGCUGUGCCUUUUCCAGAGCGAGAGGCUCCUGCUCUAUGACACGCUGCAGGGGGAGCUGCAGGAGCGGAUCCAGAGGCUGGAGGAGGACCGCCAGAGUCUGGACAUCAGUUCUGAAUGGUGGGAUGACAAACUGCACGCCAGAGGUGGCUCAAAGACCUGGGACUCGCUGCCACCCAGCAAGAGGAAGAAAGCACCUCUCGUCUCUGGCCCUUAUAUCGUGUACAUGCUGCAGGAGAUUGAUAUUCUCGAGGACUGGACGGCUAUCAAAAAGGCCAGAGCAGCAGUGUCACCUCAGAAGAGGAAAGCAGAUGGACCAUGACUCUGCUGUUCACAGCCAAGGGUCCCUCAGAGCAGCUGGCACCACACCCAGGAUUCACGUUUUCCAGCAGACAGGCAGACAAGCUCCUGGGGCUGCACAGACCACUCUCCAGUGUUACUGCUGGGCCCCACUCUGCCCUCCUCAGAGCCUGCACAGCUGUGGCCCCAGAGCUGACCUGGCCAGGCAAGACUGUUGUCUCCAUCUCUGACCACCUUUCCCUCCUGAAGAUAAACCUCCUCUGUCCUCCAGCCAAGAUGACAGGCCUUCCUAAGCCAAAGCAAUACCCCUCCUGCCGACCUCUCCACUGAGCCAGGGAGCUGGGCCCGUGGCAUGGGAACUGAGCCAGACAAGGGGCUGGCAUAUCAUUAUAUGUUGGGGGCCUGUCCAUUCUGGCUGGAGCUGGAGGUGAUAGCCAGGCUUCCCAGGUUUUCUCAGGGCUAUUCCUGGUGUCUGCCUCCCAGAUUUUGAAGACUAGAAUUAAAACCUUUGCUGGGA